AUGGAAAUCCACACCGUUGGGCUGGAUGAAGUCAAAGACGCCGCUACCGCUGGCGCACGCAGCAUUCCCGCCGAAGAAAUCGACUCGACAUUCAAGUCGAAAUACAUAGAUCUCAUAUCUGCACCCCUCGGCUCCAAAAUCCUUUCCUUCAGCGACGAAUGGUUCGCCGCCGCUGAGAACCUCAUCACGCCCACACCCCCAAUUCGCAAACCCGGCGUCUUUACCUACGCGGGCGCCUGGUACGACGGCUGGGAGACACGGCGGCACAAUGUCGAGCCCGCCGACUGGGUGGUGAUUAGAGUAGGCGUAGCCAGCGGACGCGUCGCCGGCGUAGAAAUCGAUACGGCGUUCUUCAACGGGAACCACGCGCCUGAGAUCGCUAUCGAGGGGUGCUUCAUCACCGAUGGAGCGGACGAGGAGAAAGUCAAGAGUCCCGACUUCAAGGGGUGGGAAACGAUACUGGCGAAGCAGGAGUGCGGGCCUAGCCAAAGGCAUGGAUGGCUGCUGGACAAGAUCACAGAAAAGGCGUACACGCAUGUACGACUGCUCAUGUAUCCUGACGGCGGCAUCGCGCGGUUCCGCCUGUACGGCGUUGCGGUGCCCGUGUUCCCUGCGGCCGUGGACGCUGUCUUCGAACUCAGCGCCACUGUCAUGGGCGGCGUCGCGGUGUCUUGCUCAGACCAGCACUUUGGUACCAAAGACAACCUGCUUCUUCCUGGCCGCGGCAAGGACAUGGGCGAUGGGUGGGAAACGAAGCGCACACGGGGCGAGCACGUCGACUGGACGAUUGUGAAGCUCGGUGCGAAGGGCGAAAUCGACCAUGUUGUCAUUGAUACCGCGCACUUCAGGGGCAACUUCCCGCAGAAAGUGCAGGUCUUUGCGGGACAGUUCGACGAAGGGAAGGACCCGAGGCACGACGAUGGCGCAUGGGUGGAGGUACUGGAGCCGCAGAGGAGCGGGCCUGAUAAGGAGCAUGAGUACAAGGCGGAGCUGAAGGAUGUCAAGGGAAGGGCAUACACGCACGCGAAGCUGGUCAUUAUUCCAGAUGGUGGUGUCAAGAGGUUUAGGGUGUUUGGAAAGAAAGUAUAG